ACCUAACUCCUAACAAUAACAAUUGUCGUAAAAGUUUUACAUAACAUAACUUACGUUAUUAGUAACUAUAAUUUAGUUGUUUUAUGAUUUUAAAUGAAAUGUUUACAAUGGACGGCAACAUUGAGAUGGUUAAUCUUCUGAAACCAAUACUUUCUAUGUGUCUGACAAAACAGGAAAUACAAAUGCAAGAAAACAUAUCACCGGAUGUAGAAUAUCUUCUGUUAAAGUCCCUGGACCUUUUAACAGCCUUAAGAUAUACAGAAUGCAUCGAGAAGGUUCAGACAGUUAUAGAUAUUACGUGGGAGGAAUUGAACACGGGUCAUUGGAGUAUGGUACCAGAGUCACAACGCAGCGUAUACUCCACUGCCAGUCUACUUAAGGUUGUGGCUCUGGUACAUCAAGCAGUUCAAGAAUCAGCUGAUAGCUCACUCAGUUUUCUAAAGCAGGCUGUGAAGACAGCUGACCUUGGCUUGUUGUUGGGUAACUCCCACAGGGAUCAGCUGACUUCUGCAGCCAAAGCCUUGUCAGAGGCUAUAAAUCAGGCCGAGCCAAAGCUUGGGUCGAGUGUUCAUGAAACUCUCCAGUCCAGUGAUAUCCCACACCUGCAAGUUGUCACUGACCCCAUCGUUGAGCUGCACUCUCCAUCUCUCGAGACGUUCUCUUCACAACACUUCUACCCUCGGGUUCCUGUCAAAAUUACAGGCUGCAUGAGUCACUGGCCUGCCCUGCGUCGGUGGUCAGAUCUGGACUAUUUGUUGGAGAAAGCUGGCAGUCGCACUGUGCCAGUAGAGCUUGGCUCCAGCUACUCCCAUGCUGACUGGUCCCAGCAGCUGAUGACGUUACGACAGUUUGUGACACAGUAUGUGGCAGGCGCUAACAAGUCACCAGGCUACCUUGCUCAGCAUCAACUCUUUGAUCAGGUGCCAGAGUUGAAACAAGACAUUGUAGUGCCGGACUACUGUGCCUGCUCGGACAUAGAGGACGGGGAAGUGGAGGUGGAUAUCAACGCUUGGUUUGGACCUAGUGGAACUGUCUCCCCCCUCCACCAUGAUCCUAAACACAACUUUCUCUGUCAGGUGGUUGGCCGGAAGCAAGUGACACUCUACUCACCCACAGUAUCUGACUGUCUGUACCCUCACGAGGGCAGACUGUUGUCCAACACUGCUCAGGUGGAUCCUGAGGCUCCCGACUACCAGCUGUUUUCCCAAGUAUCGCGACACACAGGCGACUCUCUGUCUCCUCUCACCAGGUGUGACAUGGUUUAUAUACCCCCAACUUGGUGGCAUCACGUUCGAGCUCUGGAUCUCAGCUUUUCUGUCAGUUUUUGGUGGUUAUGACACACCUGCUAAAUGUGUUAUUACAAAUGUGAUUAUUUUUGUUUCAAAUAAAUAUAAGUAAAUGAAAA